AUGGAUGCUUUUGCUGCUGGUUUCGCGUGGGCUCUAGUCGCGAUGGUCUCCCCUUUGAGACGCUCUGGUGCAGAUGCCCAGCAAUGCGUAAACAGUACUGAUGAGGAGAAAGCAGAACAAGGCUUGCCAUCGCCAGCCAUGAAUGCCAAUGUCAAGCGAAGAAAUAUCGCAAACCGGGUCCGGGAAGACGACCAAGAUGGAGACGAAAGUCCUGCCACUGUUACUGCGGGCACAGCAACUCCUACAUCCUUGAUGGAAGAUGCUCCUGAGUCCAAAGAAUCGUUUGUUAAUCGGUCGUGGCAUCGUAUCUCGAGCGGAUUCGGAUCGAAUUCCUCUCUGAAAGAACCCAGAAGCAGCGAAGAGAGCAUGGCGCAGAUCAUGGGUCAUGAUAGAUUCAAGCAUGAAAAGUUGGAAGACUUCCCAGACGGGUUUCCGAAACUCGCCGCAUUUGUCAGUAGCGAUGUUGACUUCGGUAUGGUUCGGAACUUCAAGACUCUGCACAAUCGUCUCCUCUUGCAUGACCAAGUCGAGCUCACUGGCUUGGAGAAGAGGCUGCGAGAGCUUGACAAAGAGGACGAGGCAGACCCGAAGAAAUCCAAUUAUCGAUUGAGAAGAGUAAAACACAAGGAAGGCUAUGGGAACACAGAGCAGAGGGAUUUGCUGCAAGAGGUGCGGCGAAAGCUCAAUGAAUAUGACACGACGGUAUUGAACUACGCGCGCAUGCAGAACCUUGGUCAAGUGACUAAACGAAAUCAUCUCUCGUACUGGAACUUCAUCUGGACCACCAAGCCACUUUUUGAUGGAUAUUGGGAUUAUAUCUAUUAUGCUGACGACUUCGUCAAUCUCUCUGGAAACCGACCGAACGAGUUCCACGAGUUCAUUCAGAGCCACAUGGUCAAUAACCGCUGGUCGCCAAUCAGAUGGCUUUUGCGAAAAAGCGACGUUGACAAGCCCACCACAAAUGAGGCUGGAACUUUCUACAGCGAAGGAAAGCUCGAAGCGGCAUCUCGAGGCCUCAUGGUAUUUGUAGUAGCAGUGAUGCUUCUGAUUCCAUCGUAUCUCUUAUUCCUAGUGCCUAUGUCUCACCCGAAGAUGGCUGGUGUCGUCGCCGUUUUCCUCCUUUUGUUCACCUUCCUGAUAUCGGCUGUGUCCAAGAGUGUGAUUGAGGCGCUAAUUGGCAUCGCGACGUAUGCCGCGAUCUUGAUUACGUUUUUGGGAAAUCUGAGUGCUUCAAGCACUUGUGGUUGUGCAACCACUGCUGUCUGA